GGUCAGCAAAAGAAGGAGAAUCCAGCCAAGUUAAAGAAGCAAACAGUGGUCAGUUGACCUGAUCUUUAUGUGUUGCAACAAGGUUCAAACACACCAAGAGUAGGAACCCCGAGAAGAUGGUUGCAUGGAUUUUUAAGACCUCUCCCCAUUUCCCACAAUACAUUUCCCAAUACAUUUUCUUCGAUGCAUCACAGAUUUGUCACAAAGUAGGAGUCUUUGGCAUUCAGAAACAUGGGCCCGUCACCCACCCCUGUCAACAACCCCAGUUUCCCUCUCCUUUUAACUACCCUCUUCCCCUAAGGACCAUAAUAGUAUUUACAGAUCCCCCCAGCUGCAAGGCUUUCCUGGGCUUCUCCUUUGGAAGUAUCAGGAUCCUCCUCCUCCUCCUCCUCCUCCAAUCCGGCUUCUGUUCCGGGAAUAAGGGAGGGGUGAGCCUCCUCCCAAACUGCCUGCUUCUCCCGGAAGUGGAGCUUCCACUCCGGAUUGCUGCUCUGCGCCGUAGCUCUAGGGGCGCGCCCUUUCGGAAAGGGGAGGAGGGGCGGCAGGGGACCCCCCCAACAAAACAUCGAUGUUGCAGGAAAGGAAAGGAGAAUCGGGAUCGAGGACAAAGAGGAUUUCCUUUCCUCCCACGCUGAGGAGGGUCAUGGAGAAGAGAGACAGACUUCCAGGGGAAAGGGCACCUUUGGUUUCAUUAGAUAUAGACCUUAAAAUGUGUGAAAUGUGGAACAUGCUUCAUUGAAUGAGCACACAUAGCUCACAUCAACAAACCCCAAAAGUGGUGAAACCAUUUAAAGGUAUGGAGUGUGGAAAGACUUUCACUGAUAGAACACAUCAGCCGACUCACAUGGGCAAGAAAGGAUUCAAAUGCAAGGAGUGCGGGAAGAAUUUCAGUCAGAGUGGACAACUAAAUAAGCAUCAACUGACUCACACGGGUGAAAAACCUUUUAAAUGCAUGGAGUGUGGAAAGAGCUUCAGUUUCAAUGCAACCCUUAGAACACAUCAACGGACUCACACAGGGGAGAAACCAUUUGAAUGCCUGCAGUGCGGAAAGAAAUUUAGUGAUAAUGCAAACCUUAGAAGACAUCAACAGACUCACACAGGGGAGAAACCAUGUAAAUGUAUGGAGUGUGGAAAGACCUUUCGUGAUAAUGGAACCCUUAGAGGACAUCAAGAGACUCACACAGGGGAGAAACCAUAUGAAUGUAUGGAGUGUGGAAAGAGCUUUCGUGAUAAUGGAAACCUUAGAACACAUCAACGGACACACACAGGGGAGAAACCAUAUGAAUGUAUGGAGUGUGGAAAGAGCUUUCGUGAUAAUGGAAACCUUAGAACACAUCAACGGACUCACACAGGGGAGAAGCCAUAUGAAUGUAUGGAGUGCGGAAAGAGCUUCAGUUUCAAUGCAAGCCUUAGACGACAUCAACGGACUCACACGGGGGAGAAACCAUAUGAAUGUAUGGAGUGCGGAAAGAGCUUUUGUGAUAAUAGAACCCUUAGAACACAUCAACGGACUCACACAGAGGAGAAACCAUAUGAAUGUAUGGAGUGUGGAAAGAGCUAUCGUGAUAAUAGAACCCUUAGAACACAUCAACGGACUCACACAGGAGAGAAACCAUAUGAAUGUAUGGAGUGUGGAAAGAGCUUUAGUGAUAAUGGAACCCUUAGAACACAUCAACGGACUCACACAGGGGAAAAACCAUUUAAAUGCAUGGAGUGCGGAAGAAAAUUCAGUCAGAGUGGACACCUAAAUAUGCAUCAACUGACUCACACGGGUGAAAAACCUUUUAAAUGCAUGGAGUGUGGAAAGAGCUUCAGUUUCAAUGCAACCCUUAGAACACAUCAACGGACUCACACAGGGGAGAAACCAUUUGAAUGCCUGGAGUGCGGAAAGAAAUUUAGUCAUAAUGCAAACCUUAGAAGACAUCAACAGACUCACACUGGGGAGAAACCAUUUAAAUGUCUGGAGUGCGGAAAUAGCUUUAGUGAUAAUGGAAAGCUUAGAAGACAUCAACGGACUCACACAGGGGGAAAACCAUUUAAAUGCAUGGAGUGCGGAAAGAAAUUCCGUCAGAGUGGACACCUCAAAAAGCAUCAAAUGACUCACACAGGGGAGAACCCAUAUGAAUGUAUGGAGUGUGGAAAGAGCUUCAGUUUCAAUGCAACCCUUAGAACACAUCAACGGACUCACACAGGGGAGAAACCAUUUGAAUGCCUGGAGUGCGGAAAGAAAUUUAGUCAUAAUGCAAACCUUAGAAGACAUCAACGGACUCACACAGGGGAGAAACCAUGUAUAUGUAUGGAGUGCGGAAAAAGCUUUUGUGAUAAUGGAACCCUUAGAAGACAUCAACGGACUCACACAGGGGAGAAACCAUUUAAAUGUAUGGAGUGUGGAAAGAGCUUUAAUGAUAAUGGAAACCUUAGAAGACAUCAACAGACUCACACAGGGGAAAAACCAUUUAAAUGCAUGGAGUGUGGAAAGAGAUUUAGUGAUAAUGGAAACCUUAGAAGACAUCAACGGACUCACACAGGGGAGAAACCUUAUAAAUGUAUGCAUUGUGGAAAGGGCUUCAGUCAGAAUGGAGACCUUAGAAAACAUCAACGGACUCACACAGGGGAGAAACCAUAUGAAUGUAUGGAGUGCAGAAAGAGCUUCAGUUUCAAUGGAAGCCUUAGAAUACAUCAACGGACUCACACAGAGGAGAAACCAUAUGAAUGUAUGGAGUGUGGAAAGAGCUUUAGUGAUAAUGGAACCCUUAGAAGACAUCAACAGACUCACACAGGGGAAAAACCAUUUAAAUGCAUGGAGUGCGGAAAGAAAUUCAGUCACAGUGCACACCUUAAUAGACAUCAGCUGACUCACACAGGGGAGAAACCAUAUGAAUGAAUGGAGUGCGGAGGAGCUUCGGUUUCAGUGAAACCCUUAGAAGACAUCAAAGGACUCGCAAAGGGGAAAAACCCUUUAAAUGCUUUGAGAGCGGUAAAGCUUCAGGCAGGGUGGAACCCUUGAUUUACAUUAACAAACUCACACAAGAGACAAACCAUAUAAGUGUCAGGAAGUUAGAUAAAGGUAGAGGUCCAGUUCUAGUGGAAGUUCUAAAUCAACAGACUCAUGUACAGGAUGAACUUUAAGAGCUGAACCCCUACAAACCAUCAAC